AUGAUCAAGCGCGCCCUCGGCCUUUUCGCCGGUGGGGAGGGCGCUGCAGAAGAUGACGACUCCGAUGACGUCACCCCAGCGCAGCGGCAAAAGCUUGAAAGGCGUCUGCUUCCGGGAGCACAGCGAGGCAGAAAGAGAAAGGACAUGGACGAAGAUGAGGGGGACAGUGAGGGCAGCACUGACAAUGAUUCCGAUGACGAUCCGCCUGUGCCAGAUGCAGAGGAGACGUUUCGCGGGCAAUACCACUGCCAGCUAUGCCCUGACAAGAUCCUGCUCACCGAAAAGCAGCUAGAGGUCCACCUGCAUAGUGGUGCACACAAGCGAAAAGAGCGUCACUUCGAACGGGCCAAGGCAAUGGGAUUGCAAGCCUAUGAGGCAGAGUGUCUCGAGAAAGCGGCCGCUCGAGAAGCAAAGGCCGCUGCUCAGAGUGCUGGCGUCCUGUCCAAGAAGAAGCAGAAAAACGCGGACUUCUGGAAGCAACGGAAGGAGCGCCAGCUGAAGGCGCGCAAAACAGGCGGCCUCAAGGGACAUGCCGGGAUCGCGCUUUCUGACAGAAUCGACGGCCAAGGAUUGCAAAGUUGA